UUAGUCCACGCUUGGCGGCCGCGCAACGUGUGUGUUGUUUAGUUUUUUUUAGAACACAUUUAAACAAUUAAAACUUUGUGUAAAGUGUUAAGUAUCAAAGAUAUAAGUAGGUACUUAUUAUUGACUUAUGCCCGACGAUGUCUGAGAAAGGGUACAUGGAACCUGGGAUGGAGGAGAUGAAGAAAUCAGAGAAUGCUGUCCUUCAGUUUAUGAGACAGUUGCUUGCCGUGAGCGGAGUGGUUCUGUACAUGAUCGGCACAGGCGCCAACAUAGCGUACCCUGGGGUCCUGUUGGAGCAGCUGCGGCAGUCUGACUCCGUGCUGCGUCUGACACCUGACCAUGAGUCAUGGAUAGCGUCAAUCCUGGGUCUGGCGUUGAUCUCCGGGAUCGUGGUGGCACCGUUCUGCCUGCAGAAGUUCGGGAGAAGGCUGACCAACCAGCUAAGCACGCUGCCGGCGCUGGCAGGCUGGGGGUUGCUGAUUGCUGCUAGAGCGCCCACGGCGCUGCUCAUCAGCAGAUCACUACAGGGUUUCGGAAUGGGAAUCCAAGCUGCAUGCGCACCAGUCUCCAUAGCCGAAUACUCCGCUCCAAAACAUCGUGGAGCCUUUCUGGCCACUAUUGCGUUCUCAUUCGCAACCGGAAUGCUCCUAGCUCACACCUUCGGAACCCUCCUCUAUUGGAGAUCGGCAGCCGUAGCCUGCGCGAGCUUCUACCUCGUCUCCCUCAUAUUGAUAUCAUUGUCACCAGAAACCCCGCCAUAUCUGGCGUCAGUGGGAAAAUACAACGAAUGUUGCAAAUCUUUCCGCUGGCUCAGAGGGUAUACAGAGGAAUCCGAGAAGGAACUCAGUGUGCUGCUGGACAGUCAGAAGAACAAAGCUGUGACGGUAACAAAGGAGUCAAGACUGAAGAUGAUAGCAAGUAUAUUUAAAAAGCCGGAGUUUUACAAGCCGACGAUCAUUAUGAUGUUUAUGUUUAUACUCUUUCAAAUUUCCGGAAUGACGGUUGUACCUUCCUACACUGUUCCAAUGAUGGAUGAAGUCACGGAUAAGGCUAUUGAGCCGUACACAAGCAUGCUUAUGGUCGAUGUGGUGCGAUUCGUGACAGCCGUCAUUGGGUGUGGAGUUGUGAAUAGACUAAACAGAAGGACGGUACUUUUCAUUGGAGUAUACGUCAGUGUUACUUCACUGUUUUGUGCGGCCCUACUAUUGUACCUUCGAGACUUCGGGUACAUACCAGAGGAGUACAAGUGGGUUCCGGCGAUACCGACCUUGACGUACAUUUUCGGCAAAACUCUUGGAAUCCUGACGAUUCCUUGGGCCAUCGCAGGCGAAAUAUUUCCUCUGCAGUACAGAUCGUUAGGAAGCGGCAUUUCUGGAAUGUUCCUAUCGAUUAUGUUCUUUGUGGUUGUAAAGACUGCUCCGACAUCAUUCAGACAGAUUGGAGUGAAAGGAACGUUUUGUGUUUAUGGAUUGUGCAUUGCGAUUUGUGGCGCUUUCUUAUUUUUCCUUCUGCCUGAGACGAAGGGUAAGACGUUGUAUGAAAUAGAGUGUCACUUUAAGGGCAUUAAUGAGACUUCCGAUGUGUCUGAUCCCUGUGAGAAGGAUAAAAUGCUGGAACUGAAGAAGGUGGAAGAGGGAUGACGCAGAGAACUCACAAAAAAGGGAACACUUUUCGGCUUCGAGGAGCUAACACCGUAGAGGAGAAAACAGACGCAUAUUAACCGAACGAAAUUAGUAUUACUGUCAAGACAUAAGUUAUGUUUAAUAGGAAACUUAGCUUUGACGUAAAUAAGGACUACACAAAUUAUACAGGUUUCUGAGA